AUGGGCAUUCGUACGCCAAGAAGCGAUUUGAUGACACAAGGUGGCCCGGUGCCGAGCAAUAUAUCGGGUAGCGCUCUGAAUGUCGCUUGGGAAGAUAACCCCAGCGUAUGUCUCUGGAAUAGCAAUGGAUCGACUGAUACGGAUCAAUCCUUCUUAUACGGCACGGAACCCAUUAUUUCCUCACUGGGCAUGCCUCGUGAGGAUGAGGUCCAAGGCACGCUCGACUCGAUUCUGGCACCACAGGUGCCUCACGCUUGCCCACCAAUUCACGACAUGUCGUGGUACAUACCUCAGCCAAGUGCUGGACUGGUGGCCGAGCCACUCAAAAGUACCAUAGGUUUACUCACCCACUGGGAAGAACAUUCGGCACAUCUUAUGAUGCCGGUUCUUGCGCCGUCCCAUAAUCCGUGGUUAAGACUCUACAUCCCAACGGCAUUACAGCAGCCACCUUCUCGAGCCAAGGAAAGCCUACUGAAUGCUGUAGUUUCGGCUGCGGCAUAUCACAAGGCUGAAUGCUCGCCUCACGAAAGGGCACACUAUCUACAGCGGGCUGCGCAUUGUAAACGGGCAGCCGCGGAGAGUUUGAGAUCCGCUAUAGAUAGCAUCGCCUUUUUUGACUCGCCUCCGAUCAACACGACAGAUAGGAAAGCUCUACUGGCAGCAGCCAUUUCUAUGUCAUCAAUAGAGGUCUUUAGCGGAGAAAACGAAGGAAAUGGGUACCAGAACCUGCUGUUGGGCAGGAAGAUAAUAAGGCUGACUGGCGGUACUGACUGCUGGCUUACAGAUACCGAGGGCGAGACCCUUUUGCAGAUUUUCAGGUGCAACCAGGUUAUCGCAACUUCUUCUGGCUGGGCCGCUUCACAGGGCAAUGAAGACGAAGAUGGCGACAUGCAGGACGUAGCACAACUGCCAAACCCUCCGAUUUCGUUCCCGUCCCAAUAUACGUUGGAUACCACCUUUGGAAUAUCCAUGAGGACGAUGAGGUGCUUAAGCCAGAUCGCUGAGUUCUCAAGGGUAAUCGACCGCGAUUCGGGCCGCGGGACGUGGCUUCGAGACAACGCAGAAGCAAUCAAUUAUCUGGAAGCCGAUAUAUUCGACGUCUUCAAUGAUCCGGAUGCGUUCAGGACUCAGACACCUGGGGAUGGUGCGGGGGUUUCCGACUUUGUAAAUGACGAGAUCAAAGAGAACCACCUGUGGGCUUUUCACUACAGCACAGGGAUCUUCUUCCGCAGAGUCCUGUGCAAUGGCGGUUCGGUGCCGAGCUCAUCCCGGAAACCCACCGAUUCUACUGGCGAGAACACCUCACUUCACCUAUCAGGGCAGUAUCUCGUAGACAAGGCCCUGGAACAUCUGGAGAACAUUGACGCAUUAUCGAGCGAUGCCCAAAAUGCAGAUACACUGUGGGUGGGCUUCAUUGCUGCUGUUGAAGCGGUCGACAUGGGAUUACGCCACAGGGCGAUCGCCUGGUUCGGACGUGCCAAGAGGCAUCGAAUCAGCAAUAUAGCUAAAGCAAAGACCUUUGUACAGGAGGUUUGGCGGAGGGUGGACCGAUGCUCAUGGAACAGCUCCCGAGGCCUUGACUCUGAACUGGGCCCAAUAGACUGGCGGGAUGUGAUGCGUGAGAAAGGCAUGUACAUUAUGCUAACUUAG